AUGCCUCAAGGAAACAAGGGCAAGCGGCGCACUCGGAAGAAGCACCAAAAGAGCAGCAGCCCAACCCAGGAUCCCGCAGAUGUCCACGCCCCUGAGGGGGUGGAGCAGGGGGAAGGGUCCCAUCACUUGUCUCCUGUUUUUGUGGGUGCUCUCCCAAGCUCCCCUGCAGCCCAUGCUCCCCAGGGGUCUCUGAGAGGGAGACCUUUUGGCACUCCUGGGUCAGCUGGUACUGAUCCAAAUUCUGAUGCAGAUGAGGAACAAGGGGCAAGGGCCAGGCUCUCAGAUGAGGCAGGUUCUGAGAUCUUCCUGCGAGAUCCUCUCAACAGGAAGUCCAGUCACUUGGUGAAAUUCCUCCUGGAGAAGUUUAUCAACCGACAGCCCUUUACUCAUGCAGACAUGCUGAAUGUGAUCAGCAAAAAGUAUAAGAAGCACUUCCCUGAGAUCCUCAGGAGAAGCUCUGUGCGUGUUGAGCUGGUCUAUGGGCUGGAGUUGGAGGAAGUCGACCCCAGUAAUCGCUCCUAUAUCCUUGUCAACAAGCUAAGCCUCUCCAGUGAGGAUAGUCUGACUGGAGAGAGGAGCUUGCCCAAGACCGGGCUUGUGAUGACACUCCUGGCUGUGAUCUUUAUGAAGGGCAGCCGUGCCCCUGAGGAGGAGAUGUGGCAAUUCCUGAGUUCCAUGGGUGUUUAUGCUGGAAAGGAUCACCCAAUCUAUGGAGAGCCCAAGAAGUUCCUCACCCAAGAUUUGGUGGAGGAACAGUACCUGGAGUACCGCCAGGUGCCCCAUCGCAGGCCUCCAGCCUAUGAAUUUCUGUGGGGUCCCAGAGCUUAUGCUGAAACUAGCAAAAUGGAGGUCCUGGAAAUGUUGGCCAAGAUCAAUGACACAACCCCUUACUGCUUCCCUGUUCUCUAUGAAGAGGCUUUGAGAGAUCAGCAGGAGAGGGCAGAGCUCUGUGCUGUAGACUGGACUUCCACUGCAGCCAGGGCCCAGGCAGGUUCUCAGGCCAUGUCACACAGAUACUCUCACACCUAA